UAUGUUUCAGCUGGGAGUCAGGAUUUCCAAUGGAAUAUAAUCACUUGUCGUGAUUCCCAAGUACGAUGAAGUUCUACACGCUCGACGCUCUCCCCUCGAGAUCUCUGAUUACACUUGUUAUCAUCGCAUUAACUUUCCAUGGAUCAUCCGUCAAUGGUCAAGGGGUGAACGCGAAGAAAGUGAACGUCGAUUUAUAUUACGAAGCACUAUGUCCCGACAGCAUUAACUGGAUUAAAAAUCAGCUGGUACCGAAUUACGGAGAUUUAAAAGAAUUCAUCGAAAUCACAUUCGUGCCUUAUGGCAAAGCCUCGCAAACAAAGAAGGAGGACGGGAGCUGGGAAUUUGUUUGUCAACACGGACCCCCGGAGUGUUUUGGAAAUAAGGCCCAAGCAUGUGCCUUAAAUGAAAUCCAGUCCAUUUGCCAGGGCCAAUCCUGCCAGGAAAUGGCGAGCAAUCUCGUGGGUUGCGUAAUGUCCAGCAGUUAUCCUUCAACGGCAGUGGAACAUUGCGCCUCGAAGAUUAACAUCAACGCUGCCUCGAUAUCAAGAAUUAACGAAUGCGAGAAGAACUCUAAAGGCGACGAAUUAUUGGCCGCCAUGGGCGUAAAGACCUUUGCUCUUCAGCCAAGGCUCAGCUUUGUCCCGACCAUUGUUAUUAACAAGGCCUUUUCGCAAGAGAACCAGUCGGCUGCCUUGAAGAACUUUAAGAAACUCGUUUGCGACAACAUCGGGACUGUGGAGAAGCCGGCGGCCUGUUAAGGAGUCUUUUUUUCUCUCUCUUUUUUUCCUUUCCUUUUUUUCUUCGUUUGUGGAGAAACCGAACAGCAGUUGCUUCUUGAUGAUAAUUACAUUCGGUUGUGUCUAUUAUGGGAGAUUAGUAUACGGAAAUAUACGGUCGUCGACGUUCUGCAAAGUUGCUCUCUCUACCGGGCUUGUCAACAUUGUUUGGCAUCUCUGUUAUCGCUUUUGCAGCGAAGCGAGACCCUCGUUGUAGUUUUAAGUCGCUUGAAGGAGAUUAGCCCACUCUACUUUCUGCUGAAAAAUUGUUUAGACUUUCACUUUGAGGGGAAAAGUGGGAUUCCAUCCCCGGAUAGUAUCAAGGCAGCUGCAACGGGUCAUCGAUAGUGCAGGCUGCGUUUAGGAUUCUGCAAUCUCCUUUCUACGACAAGAAAAAUUAAACAAGAAGAUGCAGAGUCCGCAAUGAUUCACUCCUGAUGACAUGAAAUUCGACGAGAGUUCGGAGACAUUAGAUAAGAUCUCUGAAAGCGAUUUUAAGGACGUUCGAUCGUUCCUGAUAGCGAUUAUCUCGUUAACAGAUAUUCCGAUAUCGCAUUGGCUACGGACGUGUAAAUAAUUCCAAGACGGUUUGUCACGUUAAUUAGGAUGUAAUUGUCAAUAUUGAUUUACAUGUAUGUGCAAGUAAGGACGGGAUAUAAGCAAUUUUGCAAUGGA